GGACAGUGACGACGAAACGACUUCGCAAACUCCUCUGCAAAACUAUUUAUAGCGGAAGCAGCGGCCUGGGACCUUACCCACGGCAGCAGCAGAACAGGCGCUGGGCUGCCCCUGCACAGCCCUCGCCUCCCCGCUGCGCUCUGCCCUGCGCUCAGCCGGCCCAGCUACAGCUGCACGUCCUCACUGCACGCUCCUGAGAUGGGACAGGAGAACAGCAAACCCCAGCCUGGGGACUUGAUCGAGAUCAACCGGCAUAUUUACCAGCACUGGGCCCUCUACAUGGGGGAUGGAGAUGUCAUCCACUUGACGCCUGUAGAUGGAGGAACAUUUGCACCAGUAUCCAGCACAAAGGCCAAGGUGAAGAAGGAACCUCUGAAUAUGGCGGCCGACAAUUAUGGAUGGUGUGUCAACAACAAGUAUGACCGCUUCCGCACUCCUCGACCUGUGGAGGAGAUCCUCCGGAGGGCUGAGGAAUGGAUAGGCAGGGUCGUGACAUAUAAUUUGCUUUUCUCUAACUGUGAGCAUUUUGUGACAGAGCUUCGCUACGGAGAAGCAGUCUCUCUGCAGGCCGAAGAUGCAAUUCUCCACGGUCCUGUAGGAGCAAUAGCACGUGUUUUUUCUGGUGGGGCCCCAAUUCUGGGUUGGACGGCAUUUUCUAGGAGAUAGUAUUACUGAUUGGCGGCCAGUUGGAGCUCAGAGCAACGUGGGGGCAGCCCCUGGCCACAGCAGUCACUGGUCAGAUUUUGCUACAGCUGCCAUCAAGGUUUCCUAGGCACUGUGCCAUCCUUAAUGUAAACAUUAAACAGUCUUUAAUAAAAUGUCUUCUUAAAUCCAAA